AAUAAGUUGUAGUUGCUGUGCUGAGCGUCAAGGGGGCAAUGUCUGACAGCAGCAGCACAGGCAGCAGCCGCAGUGGAUCCUCAACCAACAGUUGGACCAUGCUGUCCCCAGAGAGAAGACACCUUCAACACCUACUUGAAGGCACCGGACCAGGUGAACAGCCAUCGGAGGAAAGCCAACUACCACCGGAACAAGACAACAUUCAUCCCGAUCAGCUUCUAGCUAUCUCCAAACACCUGACUUGGAUGAAGGGCAAAGGGGCAUUGACCAACUUGGAGCUGUCAGUGCAACAACACAUGCCACUGCUUUUGUGAUAAAUGCCAGAGCCAAGCAUUGUCUCACAGGAAGCUGCUGAGAGCGUGGGUCCAGUGGAUGAUGGGACUGAGAGUCUUUGUGAUGUCCCUAGUCUGUCAGAGGAAGUCACAGGGGCCACUGUGGAGAAUAAGCCAAGUGACACGGAGACUCCAGUACAAACAGUUCUGUCAGAGGAGGGCCAACAGGUCUGUACUGUUUGCCAGGAAACAACUCCUGAUAUCUGCGAGGGCCCUGUCCCCUCCAUCCCUACCCUGUUAAGCCCAUCCCCAUCUAGCCAUGCGCCCCUUGACCCUGACCUGGCGAGUCAACCUGAACCCCCCAUUAUCCAUGAUAUGGUAACCAGCUCCCCCACUGACAAUGAGCAACUCGCUGCCAUGCCCUUUGUCACUCAUGUCGACAUGGUUGUGCCACUGAAUGUUCCCUUCACAGAACCACCCCCCUCAGAGGUUGAGCCUGAGUUAAGCCCUGUCCCUGAGAGCUCCACCCUUGAUACCCACACUGUUCCAGGCCCUGUACCUGAGAGUCUUGCCCUAGAAACUAGUGCCGAAUCUGACAUAAGCAUUCACACAGACUCUCUCACCCCAACGGGCUCCCAAUCUGACACCGUCACUGAUAUUGGCCCCCUCCCAGAGAGCUCUGAGGAGCCUCUAAGCCCUGCCCCAGAACCCCAUGCUGUUCCAGAAAGCCCAGACCCUGAUGGUCCUCCUCCAGAGACCAUUGGUUCAGAGGAGGCAGCAGAAGAUCCAGCAGUGGAAAAGGAGGAGACUGAAUUGCCUGAAAAAGUGACUGAUAUACCAAAGGAAGACGAAUCUCCCAGUAGCUUUGACUUUGGAAGAGCUGACACGAGUUCUGAGGAAGGAGUUGCUCUGAGGAGGAGAUAUGUAGCACCAGAAAUGACAUCGGAAGAUGAAGAGGUGGAGUUCAAAAUGGCAGAGAGGAAAGAGAAGGGCUUCUCUAUGAACACAUGCAUUGUGUGUGCCCUUGUCCUGCUCUGUCUAGGGUCCCUCUUCCUCUCUGAUGACUCGGAUGAGCUGAGUGGGAAAGAACAAAACCAGGACUGGCUAAACGAUCCUCAGGAGAUGAAGGAGCUUUUGGAUAAACUGGCACAAGAAAAUCUGCAGAUCUCCCAGUUAGAAACACAACUCCAGGCCCAUAAAGAGGAACUUGACUCCGUCCUAAAUGCAGGAUCCGCAAAGGGUAAUGAAAACGGAAAAGGAGAUCUGGAGCAAGAAAAUGAUAUGAAAGAAGAGCUGUCAUCCCUGCCUGGCCUGAAGGAGGAGCUGGAGUCGCUGAGGGCCAGAGUGACCGAACUGUCCCAAAUCACAGAAGCCAACAAGGAAACACCCCCACCUCCCUCAAGCUCAACUCCACCCCCUACUGGUCAACCUGGGAUUAGCAACCAGAGUAGCACCACAGCAGGGCCCGAAAAGAGGAGGGUUCCGAGAGAGGGGGCCAGGGUGAAGGAAGAGCUUCAGAGGCAGAAGGUGCUGUUGGAGGAAAGCAGGAAGAGACUGGAGGGGAUGAAGAAGGAUGGUGGGUAUAAGAAGGAUGGUGGGUACCAGAAGACGGUGAGGGAGAGCCUGGCUGAGAUCCAGAAGAGGCUCAGUGAGCAGGUGGAGAAGAUGGGGAACAGGAUUGAGGGCAAGAAGAAGCCAAGGGAGAGCGGGAACAAGAGGGACGGGAGGAAAGCCAAGGACAACAGCAAAGACCACUGGAAAAAGGAGAAGAAGGAGUGGAAGGGAGAGAAAGACUGGAAACACUGCAAAGACAAGAAUGCGUGCGGAUGGAAAGAGAUAGACAAGAGGAAGGACAGGGACUGGAAGGCAAACAAACAAAACUCUCAUAAAGAGGCCUGGAGGAAAUCCCAGGAUGAGUGGGAGAGAAAGAAGAAUGAGCGCAGGAUGGACAGGGAUAAAAGAAAGCAGGAGAGGCCCUGGCAGUCCAGGAAAGACUACAAGAAAGAGUCCAAUCAUCACCAUCAACAAGACUCCAACCAUCAGCAGCAACAUCACCACCACCACCAGACCCACCAGUAUGACCACACCAGCUUCUGGAAGCACCAGGAGGAGAAACUUGGAAGCAACGUUCGCCCCCUGGCGGGCUGUAGCGGUGUUGAGGACUGCGCUAGCCAGGAAGGGCUCUUUCCUGUGGAACUGUCUGAAUUCGAGGAGUUAUUAGACGGCUACCUGAGCAAGCUGGAGAGGGCUACGCCGGACAGCAAAGCCGAGAUUCAGAAGUUGGUCGGCAUGUUUUUUCAAGACGGUGUGUUCGUCCAUGACAAAGUUCUCUUCAGUGACUUCGCUGAAGAUGUGGCGGACAUUUUAGAGGACAUGGCAGACAUCUUGGAGGUUGAUGGGCAGGAUGAUGAAGCCCUGGAGGAGGCGAUGGAGGAGUUUGAGCGAGAAGCUUUGUGGAAGUUUGCAGCCACUGCAUAGAUAGAAAUAAACCAUAAAAAUGGAACACCAAGAUACAGCAAUGGUAUUACAUGGUGGUUAACAGCAGGUGUUGUUGCCUUUGAAGGGAUUCCUGCAUGAGAAGGAGUGAUCUUGCAUCUCGUAAACAUGUCCCUAGCUCUGCAUCUAAUUAGCUGAAGUCAUUCUUGUCUGUUGGGAAUCAGUUGUUACCUACCUGUGUCAUGACUUCAAUGUCAAGGCCUACAUAUUGACAGUUGUGUGGAGUUGAUUUACCUAUAGUGUUUGGCACUUAUAAAAUUGAAUGUCACAAUUCAAGAUCAAAACAUAAUCAGAUACACAGCAAUGUGAACUCUUUGCUCCCACAACUGAAUCCUGAUCAGUCACUUCUCCGUUGUUAUGGUUAGGAUCAGAUCUAGUUGAACCGGUUUUGUCGGCUCUGCAAACAUACAGUGCUGUGUAGGCGCUUGGCCCUUAGUGCUCGGUUUCUGGUUUUCACUAAUUGUCUUACCCUUUUGAGUAUAACUGUCAGUGAAAGCAGAACAUUCUGGAACAAUUUAAAGUUUUAAUGUCACAUGCACAAGUACAGUGAAAUGCCUUUCUUGCAAACUCAAUACCCCACAAUGCAAUAAUCAAUAACAAUGUAUUAUUAGAAAAAAACAAUAAUAGGAAAUAUGAAGUACACAAUUAAGCAAGCAUACUAUAUACAGGAAAUAUUUUAAAGUCAGAUCCAAUACCAUAUUUUACAUGUGCAGGUAUACUGGAGGAAUGGAGGUAGACCAGUAUAGUGGUAAGGGGACUAGACAUCAGGAUAUAAGAAACAGAUUAGCAUCAGCUUGUGUGGGUGUGUGGGUGUGCGGGUGUGUAGAGUCAGUAGAAAUGUAUUUGUGAGUGAGCAAAUCAUGGAGUGAGUGUUUGCGUGUGUGUGUAGGGCCCUGUGAAUGUGCAUAGAGACAGUGCAAAUAUUGAAAUAAAAGGUCAAUAUAGAUACAAGGUAAACUCAGAUACUACAUGUAGCUAUUUAUCAGUCGUAUUGCUUGGGGAUAGAAGCUGUUCAAUGAGCCCACUGAUGUCAGACUUAAUGCACCGGUACUAUCUGAACAGACAGGACGGCGGCCCAGCGCUACUGCCUCAAUCUUUUUGACACAAGCAGUAGUUCUUACUUCUUAUUAACGCUGAGACCAUGAUUGUGCUGUCCUAAUGUAGCAUGAAUCGAUUCUAAUAUAUUUCAGUGUACUAUGUGGUGCUGAGUUAGCCAUGCAUGGACUUAUACAGUAGAUGGAGUUCAAAACCAUAUUGGCAAUUUGACAUAUCUGAACUAUUGUUUUUGACACGUUUUGAUCAUUUGGAUUUUCAAUGAGCACUGUUAUCGGUUGCAUUUUCCUCUUUAAAGUUAUUUUGGUUACUGUGAUGUAACCUGGAAAAUACCCAAUAACACGAUUGUUGGAUGUGUCUAUAUAAGAAAGUGGUGUUUAACUGGUGUUUUAUCAAGCAAUGCCAUUUACAUAGAGUUUAUGCCAGAUUUGAAAGUCAAAUUAAGUACAUGGUUAGGAUAUUAGUACAUAUUACAAGUCAUGGGUUGGUACUUUACAAGAUAGUUGAAUCUGUACACAUUUCAGGAGGACUGUUUCCCUUGUUUUUAUGUUCAUCUGUUGUAACAAUCACUAUCAAUUACAUUAGGUGUGAAGUGUUUUGUUAUCCUGAUAUUUAAUUCAGGUUUUCAUAGCUUAUUUGUGUUUUAAAGAAACAUAAAACUCAUCCCUAAUUUUGCUUGUCCUGGCCUCAACUCAUUUAUGGUUUUAACAUAAAACCAACUCUAGCUGUUCAAAUGUGUGUUUGUCCCAGACAGUAUAUAUUGUGAAAGAAAUUGCUUAAAAGUCUCUACCAUUUUCUUUAGUGAAGAUUUUGUUUCUGCCAGCAAUUUGCCUUUUAUAAAUCCAUUUUCACACUUGGUUUCAGUGUUUGACAGGCAACUAAAUUGGUUUGAUUCUGUAAGCUUAAGAAUUCAUGCUAUUUUUAAACUUGGUCUGGUUAUUUUAUGGUAUUUUAUGAAGAGAGAAAAUGUAGGUUACUCCAUUUGGGAAUUGAAUUAAAUAUAGUAUGUCAUCUUUGUUUUUGGUUGAAUUUAAAACCUGUAAAUGUUAAUUAAUUGUUAAAGCUUUUUGACCAAAGAAGUCUAGCUGAUGUGGAUAAAGACUUAAAAAAGCAACUUGAGAGAUUAUAAACAAACUGCAUAAGCUGAGGAAAUUAAGUUUAACUCCCCAAAUGCACACAUUAAAAUGUUCAGAGUAUAUUAAAAAAAAAAAAAAAAGUUUUUUGUUGGUAUUCAUUCAAGUGGAAGAUAUAUAUUGUUUUAUCAAAAUGUUAUUUUACAAUGGCCAUAUAAUUUAGGAGUCAGGACAUAUCCCAGUUUAGCAUUUAAUUGAUACAUGUAAAGAAAGUCCUGAAUCCUGUGACAAUUUUGAGUUAAGCUGAAUGAGUCGUCUCCGCAGCCAUUUCUCCUUUAUAGUGGGUUUGUGUUGGACUUUCAAUAAAAAAAAAUCUGAAUCUUGA